CCAAGUAAUUUGCUACCUUUCCUUCUCCUCGAACUCGCUGGUCGACUUUGAGCUUUCUAUCUUUAAUUAAGAGCAACCCGGUCGCGCCUCACAUCCUGUCCUUUCGCUCCCUCCCGCGCUGCGCGUUAUUAGUCGUUUUCCCCGUACCGCAUUGUUUACUGCCUUAUAUCCCCACUCCCCCGACCCGACCACCUUCAUGUCCUCCUCACAUCUUGCCUCCGCUGGAAAACAGUCUGCAACCAUGGUCGGCACCAACACCCAAAACCAAUCCAAAUCUCAAGCUGCAAAGAUGCACAAGCGAUCGCGGUCAGGCUGCUUCACCUGCCGUCUACGAAGGAAGAAGUGCGAUGAGGGCAAGUCGUCCUGCAAAGCCUGCAAGCAUCUCGGUUUGAAGUGCGAGUACAAGCGACCCAUGUGGUGGAGCAACAAUGAGCAGCGCCGCCAGCAAAAGGAAGUGAUCAAGAACAUCAUCAAGCGCACCAAGCUCAACGAGAAGACCUCGCAAGGCGUGCCGAUGAGCGCAAACACUCCCCCGAGCCUAUGCCACUCCCUUCCAACGUCAGACACCUACUCAGAUGGCAUUGGUUGCACGCGCGCCCCGUCGGUCGACUCGCAAUUGUCUCUUGAUUACAACUUCAACCAUGUCGGCACUCCAGACAUCCUCAGCUCGUCGAUGAUGCCUCCUCCAAUGUUCGCACCAGUCUACCCUCAAUGCGGGCAAUUCGCGCCAUACGAGGUUGACAUCAAGACCGAAACCCAGAUGUUCGUCAACGACAUUCCCACACGACGCGACUCGACCAUCUCCACUUUCAGCACAUUCCAGGCACCGCCAGUUCCCGGCAAUCAAUUUCCCAUCGAGAACUGGGUCCAGCAGGAUUACUUCGAGAGCCGCCGCGAAUCAUUCGCCGAGGAGCCUUUGGACUUCAACUUCUUCGACUUCCCCCACGCCGGUUCUUUCAGCCCGUCCCACCAGGCCAUGAUCCAAGUCGACGACUGCGACAAGCACCUCUUGAACCAUUUCAUCGACAACGUUCUGCGCCUCAUCUUCCCGAUCCUCGAAGUCAACCAGCACGGUUCCACUCGAUCUGAUGUCAUCCUCCCAGCGCUCGAGUCCAACAAGACGUAUCUACACUGCUGUAUGAGCAUUGCUGCGAUCCAUCUCAAGGCCACGGAACGCAUUCAGGGCGAGCAGAUUGACAACGACAUCAUGCGCCACCGCUACGCGACCAUCUCGGAACUAUGCGAGGCGCUCAACCGCGACACUGACCACCAGCAGAUCCUCGAGGCUACCCUUGGCAUGAUCUUCUUCCAGUGCUCAGUUGGCCGCCCUGACGAUGCCCUUCCCGAUAUUCCCUGGCACCAGCAUUUCCAAGCCGCUACGAGCCUCGUUCACAAGCUCGAUCUCCCACAAACGCUCAUUGGCAUGAAUGAGAAUGCGCAUGCGCAGCCUCCAUUCAACAUGACGCUUGCGGCUUGGAUUGACAUUCUCGGUGCUACAAUGAUUGGACGCGCUCCUGCUUUCUCUGAUACCUACCGUGAGAAGCUCAUCGCUCAGGCUCCUUCUGGUCUCAACGAACUUAUGGGCUGCGACGACCACAUCAUGUACUUGAUCUCAGAGAUCGCAUGUCUGGAGGCGCUGAAGAUGGACAAGAUGGAGGAGGUUCAACUCUGCGCUCAUAUCAAGAUGAUUGGCGACCAAAUCAGCAUGACGGAGCCCGGUCCACAAGCAGUUGGAAACGCCUACUCCUCGACUGGCGCAAUUCGCCCGAAGCAACUGAGCCGCAACAUGACUGCCGUCUUCCGCCUUGCGGCUCGCAUCUACUUGUGCAGCUUGGUCCCGGAUUUCGACCGCUCGCAACCUAGCAUCGCCAACCUCGUUCACGCACUCACCGACGCCAUGGACUUUAUCCCCGCGGGCCCAGACGGCUUCGACCGCUCCCUCGUCUGGCCUCUCCUGAUCGCUGGAUCCGUUUCCUGCGCUGGCUCCACCUUCCGCAACAUGUUCGCAGAACGCACGCAACGCCUCGGCGAAGCAUCCGACUUUGGCUCCUUUGGACGAGUUAAGGAGCUCCUCAAGGAUGUCUGGCGCAUCAACGACGACGCCCUCGCUCGAGGCGAAAGGCAGAGCAUCCACUGGCGGGAUGUGAUGCGGCAGAAGAACUGGGACUUCUUGUUGAUCUAGAAGCCCUGGACUUCUUGCUCCCUUGAUGGGAAAAGCGCAUCCUGGUCUGUCCUGGACACCUCGAACUAACAAACGACCAAACACCCACUAUCAUUUUUCCUAUCCCUGCAUCAGCUUUGGUCGGUCAAAAAGCAUACUUUCUUCAUCUUGCAUAUACUUAUUUUACGCUCUAUACCCACUUUUGUAAUUUUUCUUUUACUUGUUUUACCUCCCUUAGCUGGAGUGUGUUAGAAUCAAGCAUGGGCACUGGCGGCAUAUCCAUGGGCGGCGUUUGGAACUACGAUCAUCGGUUACGAUUAUCCUCAUCCAUCCACAUCAUCAUUACGAGGUUUACGGCUCGCAUCACACAUACCACGCCACCUUUUUCCUCUUUCUCUCUUUGUGGCUUCAUGCCAGGGACAGCACCCGAGCAGGCGGGCGUGCGUCCGUCUUACAUAUGGGUGGAUCGGCGGG